AUGGUUCCUGUUAUCCUUGGAGCCAGGGAUUUACAGCAGCUGGGGCUUUACCUCGGUAUAAGUAAACUUCAGGAACAAUCGGAGAGCAAUCACCUCACAGACUUGUACCGAAAAGAAGAGACCAUCGGCGUGGCAGGGAACGGCUGCAUCCACAGUCCUCGCUUCCCCAGCAGUUACCCCAGGAACCUCCUCCUGACGUGGCGGCUCCACUCCCCGGAGAGCACCAGGAUCCAGCUGGCUUUUGAUAAUCAGUUCGGACUGGAGGAGCCUGAAAAUGAUAUCUGCAGGUACGACUUUGUGGAAGUGGAAGACGUAUCAGAGACCAGCACGGUUAUACGAGGACGGUGGUGUGGACACAAGGAAGUACCUCCAAGAAUAACAUCAAGAACAAAUCAGAUAAAGAUAACCUUCAAAUCCGAUGACUACUUUGUGGCUAAACCUGGAUUCAAGAUUUGUUACUCCCUUGUGUGUAGCUCCAACGAGGCAGAUUUUGCAAACACUCAAGAAAUGGAUGAUUUCCAGCAUGCAGCCUCAGAAACCAACUGGGAGUCAGUCACAAGCUCUGUCUCAGGGGUAUCCUAUCCCUCUCCAUCAGUGACUGACCCUACGCUCACCGCAGAAGCACUGGAUCAGACUAUUGCUGCGUUUGACACAGUAGAGGAUCUGCUCAAACACUUUAACCCGGACUCCUGGCAAGAAGAUCUCGAGAAUUUGUACACGGACAACGGCCACCAUUAUCGAGGCAGGAGCUACCAUGACAGGAAGUCCAAAG